AUGGCGAGGCUCCGGCCCAUUUCACGGAACGGGAGGUUUGGAAAUCAGCCAACGGCCGUCGACUCUCCCCGAUUGCAGAUCCGUGUUGUGCCUUACAGUCCGCCAAAGAUCGGCUCGGAUGUCUCGACACCCUCUCGUUCGGUGUCCUAUGCCGAACGCUCGCCCAAGCAGCCUCCUCUGGCUUCCUAUCAGGACGAAGAAAAUCAGCCGAAGCAUGAUAUUGGUGGUAGUUCAGGCUUGUUAGCUGAAUCCCAACAUCGGGACUCGACUGCUCAUGAACCGCUCAUGGACUUCGCAAUCGAAACCACCGAUUCAAUUGAUCAAGCUGAUCAGGUUGAGAACUGGUCUAUAGCAUCUCCUUCGCCGUCCCAUCGCUCUCCUAGAAGGAUCAUUGCUGUUAAUUCUGACAAAACCUUCUCUCUUAUACCGCAAUCCUGUUCUUCCGUCUCCACGACCGAGGGGCUGCGAUCUCCCCGCCGGUCAUCUACAGCCCCAAGCUCGUCGGCGGAUAGGACGGUUUCCGAAACUUUCGUUGACGAUCAACCAAGCUCUCCUCUUACUCAAGAACUUCCUCGACCGCCAUCCUCGUCUUGCUCAACGCUAUUACCUGCCAGCAUUGCCCUUGCCUCAACCCGGGAAUAUGCUCUGGUUGGGGGUGUGCGAAAAGUCCCAAACAGUGAGGAAGGCAGCAAGUCCAACGCGUUGUCCAUGUCUUCUUCGCUCUCAGCAGGACGAAAUCUGCAAGCAGAGUUUGCCGAGUCACAUACAGAAGCCAGCGGUUUUGUGCGGCCGGGCAUCUUGGCUUUGAAAAAGUCUUCACUUUCUUCAGAGUCAAUCUCCACGUUGUCAGAGAGGUCCAAUUACAAGACGUUUGUCAGCGAGUCACCCUGUGGCGGCACAGGCCGACGUAUUGAGGCAGCUGACGACUGGAACGUAAAUUACACGAAUCUUUCAUCAAGCAACUGUAAUUUCGAUAUCAUCGGCGAAUCCUGUUCUGAAGAAUCUCUGAGAAACCGCUCACGUUCAGAUACUGUAGACAGCGACGGAAAUUACGUAUUACACGAAGAAUUUUCGUCACCCCCCCGGGCGGCGGUGUCCUCCAGUUCAGUGUUGAAGACGGAGUAUUCAAGAGAAAGUCUAGUCGUGGCACCGCUGAGACCCAAGAAACGAUCCUUCUCUGAUCAGGUUACUAUAUGUCGUCAGGAGUCCAGAGACUCUGUUCGAUCGGUAUCUCUCACCUCAAUCUCUAGUGCUUUCGUUGAAGAAGCCGCUCUUUCAUUGUUCGCUGGCAGUUCUGUGAUUACACCGCACGGCGGUGGUUUCCGGAAUAUCUCAACUCGACGGAAUAGUUCUAUCAAACCUGCCAAUCGCCACCUGAACUUAGUGCACAAUCAUCAAUGGUUUACCACUCUAUCUCCUGUGCUAUCUGAGAGCGAUAGGGGGAGUGCCGUGCCGUCAUUGACAUUGUCUCACACCACGGCUGGCGACCACCGCUCCAAUAGCUAUUCCCUCGACCCAAGUACGCCAGGUCUGCCACGCAGAGAUGGCCAACUUAAUGUUGAAACACGCGUGGAUCUUCCGCAUCCUGCUAGUUAUAGGGUCUUGAAUCGGGAUGUCAAUAGUAGCAGCUUGCGACUAAUCCGAAACCAAGACGAGCACGGAGACGGGCUUGCUGAACUGGAAGAGCUUCAGCGACGCCCAUCUCGAACAAGGCUUCACAGCUACCUGCCGAAUUUUCCCUCCGAGUGGAAUCUUCGUUCUUCUGGUGGUUCUCGAAGCAAUAGUUUCAGUCAUUCUUAUAUACCUGCUUGGGCAAGGCUCUAUUACGGUAGCGGUGAGCGUCGUCUUCUGACUAUACAACACUCAUCGGAUUCCCUACGUUCAGAAUUCAGCGCCAGUGUACGCAAUAGCCCAUUUCUCAGCCGCUCUCCAAGCGCAGAACGCUUCAAGCCGGUGACCCGACUCCCUCAUCAGCCUGCAUCUCCUCCAUUGCCUCCGGCGUCAUGUGAAGCUCAGUCAGCAUCACGCUUGGAUGAUUGCAUCGUUUCUUCCCCUACCACCAAUAACCGAGACUUGGAGCAGGGGGAAAAUGGUUCCGAACCGGGCCAAGACAGCGCCAACUGCUACAGCAAGGUCAAAUGGUGGAGGAACUUCAAUCGAUAUAUGUCCGUCAUCGGCCUACUGUUGGUUGGAGCUGUCGUUGCCCUCAUCGUUGCCAGUACACAACAACGACAGCGGAAGUCCUAG